AUGGCAGCGUCAUCGGAAGAGGUGUUGUUACCGUCAACAUUGUCCGCUUGCAUCCAAGAAGCGGACAAAAGUGCGACCCUGAUGAAAUCACCUCAAAAGGCGUCGUCCAGAUCGCCACCACCUCAGCAGCUCGAUAAGCUCAUCAGAGUACCUCCCACGUGUGGUACCGUGAUUUGCUGUAAUGCAGGUCACUCGACCCAACCUGGAUCAUGCGCCAACGACUGCCGGAGCUGCACCACUUCGGCACGAUCCUCGCCUUGCUCCGACAGCCAUCACAUCUCUAGCGCAUGCACACAGCCUUCCUGCGGUGCGGCCAGCUCUUCCACAAGCGCGAUUGUCUGUUCAACCGCUGUUGCAUGUUGUGACGAUACCGCGUGCGCCGAAAUUUCGGGCUCACCGUGCUCGCAAUCGACAUGCUCCGCCUCGGGCGACUUCUCGUCCAUGACGCUUGCCGUUCCCAUUCUCUCUACAUGCUGUACGGAUGACGCGUGUGAAACGGAUCCCGCAUUGCAUGCCACGAAGAGCGUCAACGCGCAGCCCAACGCGAAAGCACUCGUCCACAAAUCUCACAACGAGUGUCGAGAGUGUUGCGGAUCGCUCACCUCGACCAGUACGGCCGAAGGCGGCCAACUGUACCGCAGCUUUCAGGAGCUCCUCGAUUGCUGCUGUUGCUCGAUGCCGCCAACGGUAGAACAGUGCUGUGUUGGCUCUACAUCAUAUCCUUGUAAUGCGCCUCAUGCGUCGCCUGCCGAGGCUGUGAGCCCUGCGUUGCAUUCACACGCGAUCCACAACCAUACCCAGCUCAGUGCGCCGCCACCACCUCCUGCACCUUCAGAUACCCCAUCGUCCAGCAUCAUCACCAAUGCAACCCAACAUACUUCACCUGGCAACAAGAACCAAUACGACUCGCGAGCGUCUACAGCAUCGACGUCGACCACACCACAGCCCAUUGCUGCGUCACCAUGUCCUGCGUGGUCCUCUACCAUGGUGCAUGCUUCGACGCCUCAUCUUAAAGACAAGUUUAGCGGCACUUCGGGAUUCGAGAGUCACCAUGCCUCGCCGGUAGCCGGCCAUGCUUCGUUGGAGGAUAUGUUGAGCGAGUUGCAGUCCUGGAACGACUGCAUGUUCGAACAGCCGCAUCUGCAUAGCAGUCAUGGCGGAUGCCUUCCUCCCGCUAUGACGCUGUGCAACUCUGACAUUUGCCAGACCACUGCACCGCACUCGCACUGGAUGCCCACCACCGACACUCUGCAGCAUCAACCACCUUCAUUAGCCGCGAUCGAGCACCAAGACGCGCGGCCGCAACAGUGUCAGUGGGGUGGGUGUAACAAGCGCUUCUGGACGGUGGAGGAACUGGUGGCGCAUGUCAAUCAUUCGCAUCUUGCGCGUAGAAACGCGACCACCAGUGCGCAUACAGCUGUUAGCGACAAACGCGUGUUUGCUACUACUCAACAAGAAGCGAAAUCAGUCACUCAUUCGCGCGCAUACUCUAGCGCAGACGCGCAGACGGGCGCGACUGGUUUGGAAUGUCUUUGGAAGGACUGUCACCAAGUGGCAAUGCCAGUCAAGUUGGAGUUUGACACCUUCACGCCCACCACCGAGGCCGAGUUGUGGAAGCCCAAUGCGUCCGAGACAGUAGCUGGACACGAGGAUGAAAAGGUCUCGCUCGCCAUCUUGCAGCAUCUUUUGCACGAUCAUCUAGGCCAGCCCUCUGCACCACCUUUCUCCCUUAACGGAGCUCAGCUUCUCACACGGUCCACUCCAUCGCCUCCUCUCGUCCGCCCUGGUGAUACUGCUGGUCAUGUGGCGAGCUCCCAGCUUACCGCUUCGUCAUCCUCAUUAUGGAACAAGAAGAAGCGUAAGAGUAGCAACAGCAGCAGUGGCGCGUACUGCAGUGCUACCGAAAAGCUGCAUUGUCGAUGGAUGGGCUGUUCGGCGAGUUUCGAUUCACAUUCUGCGCUAACGGACCACAUUGAAACGGAGCACGUCGGCUCGGGACAAGCGCAAUACGAAUGCAAGUGGAUUGGAUGUGCUCGGUAUGUGUCUGGGCAGAAGUUUUCGCAGAAACAAAAAGUGCUACGUCACAUCCAGACGCAUACGGGAGAUCGACCUUUCAAAUGCAGCGAGUGCGGCAAACGCUUCAGCGAGCAGAAUACGCUCGCGCAGCACAUGCGUACACAUACGCUAGAACGACCGUACGUCUGCGAUCAUCCGGGCUGUGGCAAAGCAUUCAGCGUAGCCGGAUCGUUGACGAUUCACAGGCGAAUCCAUACAGGUAGCAAGCCGUUCGUUUGCACGUAUCCAGGUUGCGGAAAAGCGUUUGCUGAGAGCAGCAACUUGACCAAGCAUGUCAGAACGCAUACGGGAGACAAGCCGUUCAAAUGCGACGAGUGUGGCAAGUGCUUCAGUAGACCCGACCAGGCCAGUCGGCAUAGGAAGACCCAUGAGCGCAAGAGGGGCAAGCUGGGCGUCGAGCUGCCGCACCAAGACGGUCGCGCAGUGAUCAGUUGA